CUACCUAUCCAGGUUUGCAUUAGCCCCGCCCCUCUGCGCUCACCUGUGACACGCACCAGCCGCACCUGGACGUGGGAUGCGUCGGUUCCUACCGGAACGACCUCAGAGCAUUUACCUGAUCUGGAGACUUGCUGCAGAGUCUGCCCGCCCCCGUUCGACACCGUUCUUACCGUUUCGGCCGGUUCACCUGAGAUGCGGGAGCUCUGGGAUUUCCUGCAGGACCCGGAGCUCGUGGCCCGGUUUCAGAGACGCUGCGGGCUCUUCCUCGUUGGAGCCCCGCAUCCUCCCGGCGGAGGGAAGGGGACAGCUGUUCCGAACGGAACCCACAUCAACGGGGAGACUGCACGGGGACACCUGAGGGCAAGGUGGGACCACCAGGACCGGAACUGCAACUAUAAACACACCGGGAACGGAGCCGGGAGUCCUACAGACCGCAGCAGGCCUCAGUAUGAGGUGAGGAACUGGCUGCUGCACUUCCUCUUCCUGUUGUCAGCUAGCUUAGGUCACGAGAUCUUUUACAUCACCUGUCUGCCCUGCAUCCACUGGAGCCUGGACCCCUUCCUCUGCCGCCGCCUCAUCAACAUGUGGACCCUGGUGAUGUACAUCGGCCAGGUGAUGAAGGAUCUGCUGAAGCUGCCUCGCCCCGUCUCACCGCCCGUGGUGAAGCUGGAGACCCGCGUGGAUGCGGAGUACGGACUUCCCUCCACCCACGCCAUGGCAGCCACCGCCAUCUUUUUCACCCUUCUGCUGAGCGCCCCAGCAAGAGUACAGUUCCCGUUUGAAGUGGGUCUGCUGAUCGCAACAACACUGUCGACGUUGGUUUGUUUGAGUCGUCUCUACACUGGAAUGCACUCGGUUCUGGAUGUAGUUUGCGGCGUUUUGAUCUCUGCGGUCCUCAUUCUUCUAACCUUCCCGUACUGGGAAGCCUUCGACCGCUUCCAGCUGACCAGCCCGAUCUCCCCCGUCGUGGCGCUAUCGCUGCUACUCUUCCUCAGCUACACCUACCCAGAACUGGACCAUUACAGCACCACCAGGGGAGACACCACCACCAUUCUGGGAGUGUGUGCCGGCUGCUCGGUGGGAUAUUGGGUGAACGAGCAGCUCGGACAGACGUUCGAGCCAGAAGGGAUACUGCCUGUACCCCUACCAGCAAUGACCGCACUGGCGGUGGGGCGAGGGGUUUGCAGAUUUCUGCUGGGGGUGGUGGCACUGGUGGGAACUCGGCAGAUCAUGAAAAAGUUGAGUCUACAAAUACUAUAUUUAUGGUACAAGGUACCCAAAAAUGAUGACAACGCUAGGAGGAGAAAAGAGAUCGAGGUGCCAUCAAAGUUUACUACAUACACAGUCGUUGGACUUGUCAAUUCCAUAUUGGUCAACAGAGCCUUUUUCCUGCUUGGGCUGCUUUGACCCAACCGGGAGGAGUCUGUACAAUAAGAACCUCAGUAUUUAUUUCACUGCACAUGAAAUGACAACAAGUGGAACUUCUCAGUUGGAAUGAUUCACAACCGUGACUGACCCGUGACUGAGAUCAAGAAGUUUUGCACAUGAAGAGGUUUGAUUGUUGAUCAUCGUUGUAGAUUUUUGAAGGCCGGAUAUGUUUCUCAUUAAACAUUAAAAGGUG